AGGAAAUUGUCAUUUUCAGCUGUCCUGUAUGCUUCUGAUCUUCCCAGGUUGAAUGAGUUACAGAUGGUUGUCCGGUUGCGCAGCAAGUGAAACGCAAAUUACCGGGAUUACCAAUCGUCGACAAAAUUUCAGCGAAUGACAGAAAAGCAACUUGUAGCGGAAACGUCGACGGAAGGCAUGAUCGAACGAUGUGUAGUGGUACAGCGGCAAAGCGACGGGUACGGCUUCACGGUUACCGGGGACCAUCCGGUAUUUGUCCACACGGUGAAACCGGAAGGUGCUGCGUACUGCGCUGGCGUUCGAGAAGGCGACCGCAUAUUAAAAGUAAACGGGAUGCCAGUGACAAGCAGCAAUCACCUGGAUGUCGUGCGAAUGAUUUCCGGCGGCCAGAAUGUCGUUCUCACGCUGUUAGGAGCUCCACCGGAGCCAUUAGGUCUUUACCUUAUUCCUGAUUCGAAGCUCGAUACUGGAUCAGUUCGUGAUUCGAUGCUCAUUGAGCAGAACGUCGGUAAAGAUGAUUGGAAAAGAAAGCGAAAAGAGCUGCUGAGUCAAAUGCUUGAUGACGAGCGCAAGCACGUUGAGGUGCUUCGCGAUUCCGAGAACAGCGACAAGCUAGAUCGCGCAUUGAAACGAAUCGUUUCCUUGCAGUCGCAGCUGCGACACGUCAAACCUACCGAACCCCCGUGGCAGUCGCGCACACCAAUGGAUGACACGGAUGACGAAGAAACGGAAAGUUUACCUUCGCGAUUCAAUGAGGUUGACACCCAUGGUCCGUUUUCGAACCUGGCCGAACUCAAAACGCAUCCUGCUCAUCUUGCCGUGUUCAUCAACUACCUGCUAUCUAUAGAUAGUCCUAAUAGUUUGUUCUUCUAUGUGAUAACGGAUGCCUUCCAAUGUGCUCAAGGUUCCCCGAAAGACUUUCGUCGAUGGGCAUUUGAAAUUUUCACAACAUUCGUCAUACCAAACUCACCACUGGUUAUACCAAAUUCUGACCAAAGCAUUAUUCAACCAAUUGAUAAGAUCCUCGCUACAACGUCCGAACAGAUUUGUGAAGGCGAUGUAGAUAUACUAAAACGGGUAUUUGUUCCUGGUCGUCAGCGUGCCGUCGCUGACAUCAAUGAACACAUGGCUAAUUUUCGGCAAAAACGACAAUUAGGGUUGGGGACCGUAUUCGAUGCCAAUCAGUUGACACAGUUGGUUCGAGGCGAUUCCGCUAUGGAACUUCGUGUUGGCGAACAAAUGAUGUUUCGAGCUCUGGAAGGCAUUGUUGGUUCAUCCAGUGAUUUUGAUGCAUGCGAUAUGAAGACGCAAGCGGUCAUCGCUAGUUUAACAUCACUUAUAAGAAUUGUGCUCAACACUAAACCUUCUACUGCUUCAUGGGAGAAACUGAUGGAACGUUUUCCUCAGUUUAUCAUGAAGGAUAAAGGAGGGAAGAGCAGGAAACCACCCGGUAAUCUCAAAGCUAAAGCUCAGGUGAAAGGUCAUAUGUUUGUUGUGAACCCUGUCAAUACUGUCCACUACUGUUACCAAUGUCGAGAUGCAAUAUGGGGAAUGCAACCAUGGUGUUACUUUUGUGCGAACUGUGACGUCAAGGUCCACACACAAUGCACGUCGUCGCUGACCGAUGCCUGUUAUCCGGCAUCUCAGAGCAAACAGAAAUCCAAGCCAAGGCGAUCAGGCUUGAUGGGAAAAUCAGAUGCAGAGGAUGAUGAUACGCUAAGGCCAGAACACAAUGUUAAGUCCACGAGUUCGGACUCAGGUAUAGGCCAGGAUAUACACGACAGGCCAGUGGGGAGAUCGCACAGUAUGAGAAAUCGAGUGGCAACGAUACCUCAGAUUGCUGAUGAGCGGACGGCAAAGCGUGAUCGGUCGACUCCAUCGUGGGGUAGCGAUCUUCCGCCAGCUGAUGAAGAGGAGGAGCCCCCAGGACGAGUACGGUCAAUCGAGUCAAGAUCUGAAGCGAGGUCUCUCGAAGGAAGUCGUAUUGCACUUGAUGUGCAAAGUAAUAGCGGAAGUUCGACGAGUAUGUCACAUACGAGUGCAAUGGAGGAGGAGUCAAAACGAGUGAUAGAGCGAAUGCAAGCAUCCGCCAUAUCAGAGGACGACAGUGAUUUGGAAGUUGAGACCGAAGCCCCUCCGCUUGAUCAUUUGGUGGGUUGGGAUGUCAUCCGACAUUUGAAACCCAAAGAGAAGAAAAGGCAGGAAGUUAUAAAUGAAUUGUUUCACACCGAACGAACACAUGUACGGAAUUUGAAAAUCUUAUUACGGGUGUUCUAUAAACCGAUGUUGGUCAAUAAUGUAGUUUCUCCUGAUGUGGUGCAUUUACUCUUUGCAAACCUUGAUCAACUUCUUGAAAUCCACACCGACAUGUCAAAUCGGAUGCGCCAAGCUGUAGAACAGUGGCGACGGGAUCCUAGCUUGAAUGGUCUUUACGGCAACAUUGGCGAAUUGAUGGAGAAGAUGUUUGAUGGUGAACCAGGAGAAAAAUUUAUGCAGGUUACCUCCACAUUCUGUCAACAUCAACAACAUGCUCUUGAAAUUCUGCGAACGAGGUGCAAAAGGGACAAAGAAGAUGCUUUGGUACGAUUUCUGGCUGACGCUGAAGCGAAUGCGUUGUGCCGGAAGUUACAGCUAAAAGAUAUGAUACCAGUCGAAAUGCAGCGAUUGGUGAAAUAUCCGCUUCUUCUCGAAACUAUUGCGAAAUAUACUAAUGAACCUAGCGAAGAACAAGAUCGAUUGCUUCGCACUGUAGUCUCUGCUAAGCGUAUACUGAGUGCCGUAAAUACAGCUAAGCGGAAUGCGGAAAACCUGAGACGCCUAGAAGAAUUGCAAAGACGGAUGGACACAACUCCUUUCGACAAAGAGUUCAGCGGACAUGAUUACGCUUACCUGAACUUGACAAAAUAUCGUCUUGUCCAUGAUGGGCCUCUCACCUGUCGAUUUAAUCGCGGUAAAAUGAUUGAGCUCCAUGUUGUGCUUUUGGAGAAUAUGCUGGUGUUUCUUACUAAACAUAGUGAUGGCAACAAGCUGCAGCUCAAGACUCUGGAGCCAUCGAAAGAGACCAAAUGGUCCCCUAUCAUGCCUUUAGCGCCGCUCAUUGCUAAGGAAAAAGCUAACGACAAGCGUGCUUUUUUCCUAGUAUUUAACAGUCAGUAUGGGGCACAAAUCUAUGAGCUUGUGGCAGCGACUGCGACUGAACGGAAAACCUGGUUCAAGUUGAUUUCCGAUCAGAUUGAAAACGACAAGAAGCAUCAAACGCGAGGAAUCGAGCAUUGCAACUUCGAAGUGGGCACAAGCUCGUCUUUAGAUUCGGACGGUUUGGCCAAAGUCCACGUACUCACCCAUCCUCGUCUCGUGCAUGCAUCUGAAAUCACGAUACAACAGCCAACUGUGCUGGAACAUGCUCAACCUGUGCUUACCCCUACCGAAAGGUUACGACGCAGCGAUGAAGUGAUUUUCCAUGCUCUGUUGACUAAGCAAACCAUUCUGUCUCAGUUCUUACCUGGUGACAAGAAGGGGAGAACUGAAGAACUAGAGAAGUUGACCGAACUUCUGGGAGGUCUAGCUGUCGCAGAUUUGAAGCAACGUGACUGUAAAGAACUGGCCAUGUCGGCAAUUGUACAUGGCAACAGACUCUUGGACAGCAUCAAUCAAGGAUUGAAUGCCCGAAAAGAAGCUGACGAAGGGAAUCCUGGCGGUUCUGUUCUAGUGUUAGAAGAUGCCGAAAAGGAUUUGCCUUCUGUGCCUUGUUACAAGUUGACGGCGAUUGCUGCUCCUCUGAUGAACCACCUGAAAGCUCUGAUGCAAGUAAUCCAAGACCAACAGCAGGAGCUGAACACUGUGAAGCAACAACUCUACCAUUACAAAGAGUUGGCGGAAUCUGGCUCACGAGAUCGAUCUGUCAGCGAAGAGACAUUGACCGAAUGUACGGAUUUACAGGAGCGAAAACUUAUGACAAAGCGUCAACGUACUCCCUCCAUACAACCUGUCACAUGAAUAUAAUGCGCGCUAGUUUCAAUUACGUUAAAUCAAAGUGGGUAACUCAAAGAUCAUCUGGGAACACUAGGGCUAUAAUUAUAUGUGUAUUGCUCUUGACGCUGUGAACAUCUUUUUUCAUUGCUCACUACGCAAAGUCUUGCCAUUAUGCACGAGUUUGGGUUGUAUAAAUUUAAAAAUGUACAGGCCGUAUGAGUACUGUAGACCGCUCGUUCUCAAUGUCGGUAGCUUGACCAGCUCGGUCUACAAAUCAUUCCUGCGUGUAUCGUUCCCAGCACCUCCUUGAAUGAUGUUUUAUUACCGAAAUCCAUUGUUGUAUUUACUGCCAGGAAAGAUGCAAAGUCACAGUAUCGUUCAUGCAGCUAUUUAUCGGCUGCUUCCCCAUAUUUCGGUGAGAUUAGUCGUUUCAUGUCUAUUUUCAUAAAUUUAUAUAACUAUCUCUUGUCAGUGGUCAUAAUUGCUUUACUUAACUGUGAAUUGAGUGUGUAUGUGCUCGUGAAAUAUCGUAAGCGUUUUGACGCUGUUGUAUUGUUUUAGACAUAUAUCCUACAUGAUGUACAGAUUACUUAUGCUUGCGCGAUUCUCCAAGCGCUUUUAUUGGGGAUCGACAAUGUAGGAAAUCUCCAAAGACUGGUUGAGUUUGAUGGUCGUGUUCUUGUUGUUUCCGCGUAUUUGUCGAUUUGCUUGGCAUGUCUAUAAAGAUUUCUUCAUUGCUUGAUACUUUUGAUUCCAUCUGUG